GAGCAUUUUCCAAAUUCCGUGGGGCCCGACAGCCAGUCGCAGUUAUGAGAGAUGUAACUGCGGCUUUACAUAGCGUCUAGUGACUAGAGUACAACUCAGGAUUUGAAUUUUGUCCUUUCCAAAGCUUGAUUUUUUGAAACAAGGGCCGAUACUCUCUCCAUACUAGGUUCUGGUCUAGCUGCUCAAAUCGUAAAUGAAGACGCAGGUACAAUCCUAGUCACUAUGGUCUAGCUUGUGCAAUGCAUGGAACGGACGAAUAUGCGAAGUACAAAUCAUAGUGCUUGCAUUGCCAUCUGUUCAAAUACAGUACUUUCACGUUGUUUUCAUUCUCACGAACCGGUUAUACUUCAAUCUCACACAACUACAUACGUCCACCAUCAAAAUCCAGAAGUCUCGAUGCCAAACACUCUGGAUACAGACUGGAAGCAGUCUGAGGCCGUUCCUGCAAGCGUCGCGCGCGAGACGGGUUGUUUCACAACCUUACCAAUUCGCAUCCACAAGCGGAACGAUAUUGCAGACCAGGCGACGGCUCAAUCCAUAAUUGACUGGAAAGAACAUGUUGGUGACGGCUGGGAAGUCAAGUCGGGUUCAGCGGUAUCCAAAGUUGGCAACUGGUGCGCAUUAAUCUUCUCGGAGUCACUGCCCGAGCGACUAGCCAGCAUAACGUACCUAGCUAAUAUUGGAAACAUUCAUGAUGAUGCCACCGAAGAACUAAGCAUGGAUGAGUCUGUCAAUGAGCACAAACAAUUGAGCACCGCUUUAUCAAUUGGUCUUGAUGCGGAUGCUUCCAUCCAAGAAACGAAGACCAGGAAGUUCAGACAUCUAGUCAGCAAUUGCGUCUUGAACAUACUGAACAUCGAUCGAGACAUGGGCACGAGGAUGAUUGUUUCAUAUCAGAAGAAAUGGCUCGAAGUCAUGGAGCACCCCAACUACGAUCAGAUAAAGUCUCUUCAAGAAUACCUUGACUUCAGGAUGUUGAACGGAGGCAUGGAACCAUUUUGGUCGAUGUGCCAAUUCGGCAUGGGACUAAAUAUCCCGGAUGAGGAGCUAGCACCUACAAGACACGUCUUCGAGCCAGCGGAGUGGGCACUUGUUCUUACAAAUGACUACUGGAGCUGGGGUCGCGAGUACAAUGCGUCGCUCACGAAGGGCUCCAGAAUCGUAAAUUCCAUCGAACUCCUCUCGCGGCUCAGAGACAUAAGCUACGACGAGGCGAAAUCCGUUGUCCGCAAGCUCAUCAUCACGUACGAAAGAGAAUACGAGAGACGCCUCGAACGAUUUCUCCGGGAAUAUCCAUCCACGCCGGCCCAUUUGCGCCAGUUCAUCGAAGUCGUUGGGCUUGUAGUUGCGGGUAACCAUUACUGGUGCGCCAACUGUCCCAGGCACCAUGCAUGGAAUGACCAGGUAGCCGGUGCUGUGGACCAGCAAGAUUUCCAGGUUGUUCAGACUCCUCCACGCGAACAUGUCCCGAGCUCGUCCGACUCACCAAUAUCGGCUUCGUCUGAGGCAUGUAAGUCGAGCUGUACGUCUGACGCUCAACACACGACGAACGAAAUAGACUGCCCACAACUAUCAUCUCUCAUUUUGUUACGACCACCCCAUCCGGUUGCCGCCGCGUCCGAGUAUAUCGCAUCGCUACCAUCAAAAGGCGUCCGGUCCACACUCAUUCACGCCCUGAAUCAGUGGUUCCAGAUUUCUGACCGUUACGUGAACAUGAUCAAAGAAAUCACGAACAUGCUUCACAACGCGUCCUUAAUUCUAGAUGACAUCCAAGACCAAUCGCCUCUUCGCCGUGGCAGACCAGCUGCUCAUACCAUCCUGGGAACAGCGCAAUGCAUCAACAGCUCUACACACCUUUUUGUCCAGGCCAUGCAAAUGGUCAACGAAAACUUUGACCCCACAGUGCAAAAGUCUUUCCUGGAGAUACUAGACCGCAUGCACAUCGGCCAGAGCUACGAUCUGCACUGGAGAUUCCACCUCAUCUGCCCCACCGAGGACGAAUACUUUGAAAUGAUUGAUCAAAAGACUGGGUGCAUGUUCGAGCUGCUCCUACUGCUCAUGGCAUCUAAAUCAAGAUGCGUCAUGGCCAAAUCCUUCAGCUCGUUCGUGCGCGUCUUCGGACGUUACUUCCAGGUCCGAGACGACUACAUGAACCUGACAUCCAUGGAUUACGCCCAGGGCAAGGGUGUAUGUGAAGACUUGGACGAGGGAAAGAUCUCAUUUCCCCUUGUUGUUUGCAAGAGGAUAGCACCGACUUCGUUUGCGCAGAUCAUAGGUAUCUUUCGAGCGAAACAAACGAAUACUGUGCAGCUGCCGCCAGAGACGAAGUCUUACAUAAUAUCAUUAUUCAAGGCAUCGGGUACGAUGGAUGUCGUGAUCGAAUUUCUUAAAGAGAUGGAGAGUCAACUGAUGAAUGAGGUUGAGAGACUAGAGGUUCAGAUGGGUGAUUCAAACCCGAUGCUUUAUGUGCUGGUUCAGACUCUUAGCUUAAAGCCAAGCGACUCAUGAGGUCGUGAAUAGAUUAGUUUUGGUAGUAAUUACGCACCUCUUCGUCAUACUUUUUUCCUGUCUAAUUAUAGUUGUUAGUGUUAUAGUUAUGUAUUUCAGAGGUGCCUACAAGGUCCUUAUUACUAGCCAACUUAAUCUUGCGUACGCGUAGGACUAGGCAGUUAUUAGCAUAGUUUCCUGGCUUACUAUAGUUAUAACGUGUUUCACAAGCGAGCGCCGCACCCAACUGAGCGCCGCACUUUCAACAACAGAACGCCUGCGCAGCGCUAUAUCACAAUACAACACAAAUAAAUAAUUAUUUAUAGGCCUAGAUAGUAUUAUU